GUUUUUCAUGCGAAAACAGCAGAGCUUUUGAGUCACCAUCAAGUUGAGAUACAGCAGAAAUUCCCUAAAGAGGGAUGGGUGGAACAAGAUCCAAAGGAAAUACUAAAGUCUGUCCAUGAAUGUGUGGAAAGGACCUGUGAGAAGCUGCAACAACUGAACAUAGACAUCACUAACAUAAAAGCCAUUGGAGUCAGCAAUCAGAGAGAAACAACAGUGGUUUGGGACAAGACAACUGGAGAACCUCUUUAUAAUGCUAUUGUGUGGCUUGACCUGAGAACCCAGUCAACAGUUGAACGACUUCUUAAAAGAAUUCCAGGAAAAAACAAAGCCUUUUUUAAGUUUAGGACUGGUCUUCCACUUAGCACUUAUUUUAGUGCAGUGAAACUUCGAUGGCUUUUGGAUAAUGUGGAAGAGAUUAGGCAAGCUGUUGAUGAUGGAAGAGCUAUGUUUGGGACUAUUGAUUCGUGGCUUAUAUGGAGUUUGACAGGCGGAAAGAAUGGAGGUGUUCACUGUACAGAUGUAACCAAUGCCAGUAGAACAAUGUUAUUCAACAUUCAUUCCUUGGAAUGGGAUCCUGAGCUCUGCCAGUUCUUUGAUAUUCCUAUGGAAAUACUUCCAAAAGUACGAAGCUCCUCUGAGAUUUAUGGCUUGAUGAAAAUCUGUCCUAGCCUGAAGUCUGGAGCUUUGACAGGUGUACCAAUUUCUGGGUGCUUGGGUGACCAAUCUGCUGCUCUUGUUGGGCAAAUGUGUUUUCAAGAUGGGCAGGCAAAAAAUACGUACGGAACAGGAUGUUUCUUGCUGUGCAAUACAGGUCAGAAGUCUGUGUUUUCUGAGCAUGGUCUUCUAACCACAAUAGCUUACAAACUGGGCAGAGACAAACCUGUUUUUUAUGCACUAGAGGGAUCUGUUGCAAUUGCUGGUGCUGUUGUUCGUUGGCUGAGGGACAAUCUAGGUAUCGUUAAGACUUCACAGGAAGUUGAAAAACUGGCCGCGGAAGUGGGAACUUCUUAUGGCUGCUACUUUGUGCCAGCAUUUUCAGGACUGUAUGCACCAUACUGGGAACCCAGUGCAAGGGGUAUUAUCUGUGGCCUUACUCAGUUUACAAAUAAAAAACACAUCGCCUUUGCUGCGCUAGAAGCGGUCUGCUUUCAAACACGAGAGAUUUUAGAUGCCAUAAACAAGGACUGUGGGAUACCACUAAAUCAGUUACAAGUAGAUGGAGGAAUGACCAAUAAUAAAGUCCUCAUGCAACUCCAAUCAGACAUUCUCUGUAUUCCAGUAGUAAAGCCAUCAAUGCCUGAAACAACAGCUCUAGGAGCUGCUAUGGCAGCAGGAGCUGCAGAAGGAGUUGGAAUUUGGAGUCUGAAUCCUGGAGAUUUGACAGCAGUGACAUGUGAACGAUUUGAACCACAGAUCAACCCGGAGGAAAGUGAAUUUCGCUAUGCCAGAUGGAAGAAAGCUGUAAUGAAAUCUAUGGGCUGGGAGACAUCUGAAGCUCCUUCAAAUGGUAAUCCAGAAAUUAAUGCAGGUCAAAUUUAUUAAUUAGCCAGUUAGCAUAGGUAGUUAAUCUUGAGUUUGGUGUCCCUUUCUGUUCAUACCAUCUCCGUUGGCAUCUACUAUGCCAAUGAUUUAAAAAUUAUUACUUAAAACCACUGUGGAAACAAAGCAGGAAAAUAGAUAGAUAGGUCUUGCUCUUGAGAGGAGGGCACAAGCAAUAUCUUGUAGGGCUCUAAAAACAGAGGACAUGAAAUCAAGGCUAACUGCAGGUUUUGCAGAAUAGUAUUGGUUUACAAAAUAAAAAAUUCUUACC